AUUUGCUUGGCCAUAAUAGUCUGAGAUGCUUUUGCAUCCCUACCCCACUGAUUAACUCCAAGUUCUAAUGGUGACUAUGCCACAAUCAUGAACCAGCCACGCUCGGAUGUUGCCGCAACAUCGUCAGUGACCGGCGCCAUCCGUUCUGAAUCCCGCAGGAAGCCAGCGGGAGCUGUUGCAAAGCGCGCAUGCGAUCAAUGUAAAUUUCGGAAAAUCAAGUGCAGCUUGUCACAACCAUGUAGAGCAUGUGUCUCCAUGGGCUUUGAAUGCACCUUUUUCCAGCCUCAGAAGAAGAGAGGUCCCACUGGCCACCGUGUAUCACAGAUUCGGCAGCAACAAAAUAAUAACCUCUCACUGAACAACACUCCGGCUCAGGGGGCAUCCAAUUCGUUUCCAAGCUCUUUUCCUUACCAACCGGACCCCUCGUCUCGAGGGAAUCAAGGUCCCGAGGUUCAGACCCCGCCUUGGCCAAUUCCGGGCGAAGCCCCGGUAUCCAUAGAACUCGCUCCGUCAAGUGCGACUCCAUCUAUUCAACCAGGUUGGAGCACAGAUGUUUCCGACUCCCAGAGUAAUGGUGGAAUCGGUUGGAACGAGCGCAAUGAUGUCGAAUACUGGCUUCCAGAUACCCUGGAUGCUCAAUUGCCUGUUUUUGACUUCCCGGGCAACAACAUCCUCUUGAAAACCUCGCUUCCCUCCAUUAUAGAGGCCGACCCAACGUCUGCAAACCUGCAGACGCAAAAUAUCCCGGCUACGAGUAUCACAGUACCGAAGCCGGGUGUUGUACCCCUAGAUUCCAACCAUGCGCAAAUGGUGUGGCCGGCAUCGAUUGUUGAAGCGAACAUGAUCCCGUGGAUUGACAUCUACUUUGAUCGUCUGCACCCAACACUGCCAGUCCUGAACCGCUCGGCUCUUUUCAUCCGGAUGAUGGCGCACGAGCAUCGAAGAAAUCCUCAGUUUGGCUCAAUGCUACUGGCGCUAUGUGCUUUUUCUCUCACACAACCGAUAGAGAUACAGGAGCGCCCGACCUCCUCCUCCAGAGCGAAUCAAGCGAGGUCGAUGAUGCACGAAGCAACCAAGAUGCGAAGCUGUUCCGAUUUUGGCGAGCACCCCACCAUUGAGGCUGUCUUGACCAGUUUCUAUCUCUUCGGGUGUCUUUUUGGUAGCAAUCAGCAUAAUGCAGCUUGGCUUCGCCUGCGGGAGGCUUUGGACCUCGCGGCGACACUCGGCCUCAAUAAUCCAGCUUCAUAUCAAGACUUACCUAGCGAGGAAAAGGGCCAGCGGUUACGGACGUACCUUGUCUUAUCGAUCACCGAAAGGGCUUAUGCCUUGCAACGUAGACAUCCUAUCACGUUUUGGGGGAGACCGGGCUUUAGUAUGCGGCCUGUUCAUGACUUCAUUCACACUGCCACCCACAGUCUGGUAUCGGGGAUUAUCGUCCACAAUGAAAAGGAUGCCGAAGGAAUGAUGGGUCUAGCCCGCUUGAUGGAGCUUUUCGAUGCCAUCGAUGAGGAUGUUGUCGACUGCUGGAAUCAACAAUGCAGCAUCAAAGCCGGUUACUGCGAACAACUCACAGCGGCAAAGGCCUUGGUGAUCCAUUCAAACCUCAACCGAGUUAGCGAAUCUGAGCUCUACAAAGAUUACGACUGGUUCGAACGCUCUAAGUUAGCUCUUGGUGGGGACCAAAAUCGCCCUACGAUAGGUUUGAGAGAGACACAAUGUGCGGAUGUUUUCAUCACGAAAAAGUGGCUACAGAACCGGAUAUGGGUGCUUUGCUCCACUCACGGGUUCUUACGGCCUGUAUCCGAGCACCGCGAGCUCUGUCUUGACUUUGCUGUAACGCUUGCAAAGGACACAUUGGAUAUAUGCCGUGCUCUGCGUUUAAGCUCCAUGGAAGCUCACGGAAUAGGUCUGGUGGAAAAACUGUAUGAUAUCGCAGUAGGAGCGACCAGCGUACUAUACAAUGUUCAAAUGCCUCUCGCCAAAGGAAUCACGGUGCCGUCACCAGCUGGAACGGUGCCGAACAUGCAACUGCCAAUUUCUCCUAUGGCAGAUGCCGGAACAUUUCCCAAAUCACUGACAGGAGACUAUCUGCUUCUGUUGAACACACUUCGUGGAGGCAACCAUCCCUUCAUGGACAAGUAUAAGGCGUUGUUGAGCUCCGUUCAUGCAGCUAGUGAUUCCUGGGCGCCACAAUAACUUUCUGUAACCCAUCCCUGGCGUCGAAAUGGUGACGUUGGAAACGCUGGCACUUAAAGGAAGAGAAUUGUGAC